CUUCAUCACUGAACGUUGUGACCUUCAGUGCAUUGAUGAAGGACUUCGCCAUCAUGAUGUUGUCUUCGUUGUUUUAAGGCGUCGCAUCACCUUUACUACGGCUUGUAUCCACACCAGAAACAUGCCGAUCAAAAUGAAUAACCUCCAGGAGGCGGCUUUUUAUGGCGACUGUCGAGACAUCCUGAAAGCAUUGGAGCAGGGACAGGAGCCGAACGCCUUCGACAAGACCGGUACGAGUGCGGUACAUAAAGCAGCUGCUAAUGGCCGAACCAAGGCACUUCAUGUCCUGGUGGAACACGGUGGUAAUGUUAAUUUACGGGACAGCACAGGAUGUACGGCUUUGCACGCAGCGGCCAGAAAUGGACAUCUAAAUACAUUAAAAUGGCUGGUAGAACACGGGGGAGAUAUCAAAGUAGAAUCAACGAAAGGAAACACGCCCAGACUAAGUGCCAAGUCACAAUCACAGAGCGAGGUCGUUGCAUAUCUCAAGAAAUUAGAACGAGAGAAGUUUGACUGGGAGACUGAAGAAGUUUAACAGUUUUUAAUACAGAUAAACUCUUUACUCGUAGCCCGUAUUAUCCAAUUUUUAUUGCCAGUCACCAUGAACCGAGGCGGACUGAAUUGGGGACAGGAUUUGUCUUGCAUCACAGGAAUUCUGUGCACAUAAUUAUGUUGAAAUAUGUUUGAGAGAGAUAGCAAGCAAGUGAGACAAUGAUGUGCGGGUGCAUUGUACGACAUUGUAGUCAAUCAUGGGUAAGGGCAAUAUAAUAGUUGAAAAGGAGGAGUGGGUGAUGCCAAAAUACACUAGGCUUAGUAUAGUAAGGGAAGUAAACAUAUUAGAACUGUACUAAAACACAUGUAAUUAAUUUAAACUAUUUACACCAAUAUUUCACCAAUACACUUCUUUCUUUCAAAUAAUUGUAUAUAAUUGCAUUGAGACUAAAUAAUAAACAUAGUACGUGUAUACCAGU